UGUGUGUGUGUGUGCGAUUUCAUGCCAAGCGUGUUUGAAUAGCCUGCCCAAGCCUUUCAGAAACUGCUGGUCUGGCUGUCAUGUGCAGUGCCAGUGAGGAAGUAUGUAUUCGGUGUGACAGGAGGGUGUGAAUGUGAUUGUGAAAUUGUGUUAGAUAGAGGAAGCAUUGGUGUGUGACUGAAUAAACUAGGACUCGCUCAUAGAUUGCUAUAUUCUGCAUCCUAGCUCAGACCAGAGAGUACUAGAGUGCUGUCAUCUCUUAUGGCCACUGAUCAAGUGGAAAGUCCUAUUUAGCUCAGCAGUUAUAAUCGACUGUACCUUUGAAUCUAUGUCUCAGCUGUCAGAACUAACAAAAUGUAGCUUACAUCCACAGAGAGAUAUGGGUCGAGGGGGGGCUAAAUGUCCUUAGCCUUUACAGGCAGCCGAGCAUUCUGGGGAAUGGAGUUGACAGGUUCCUCUGGUGGAAAUGCAGGUAAAGUUUCUGAGUUCCUGUGGUGGAAAAGUCCUUUUAUGGUGUCGCAUGGCAGAAGGGAGGUCAAGGGAGCACAGCCUGGUUGGGAGGGGACAUCUGCAUCCUUCACUGUGGUCCCAAACCAUGAAUAUUGUGGGCCAGUUGGCAGAGACAGUGUUUGUGACGGUGAAGGAGCUGUACCGUGGCCUUAACCCCGCCACACUCACCGGAGGGAUCGAUGUCAUUGUGGUGCGACAGCCUGAUGGAUCGUUCCAGUGUUCCCCCUUUCACGUUCGCUUCGGCAAGCUGGGCGUGCUGCGCUCCAAGGAGAAAAUUGUGGAUAUUGAGAUAAAUGGAGAAGUGGUUGACCUGCACAUGAAGCUGGGUGACAAUGGAGAAGCUUUUUUUGUGGAGGAAAAUGAAAACAUGGAGGUCCCAGCCCAUCUCUGCACCUCCCCAAUUCCUCUUGAGGUCCCUGAGGCGAUGGAGGAGAUCAAGGAGACCACCGAGGAAUCCUCCAUUGCUGGGUCUGGCACCCGCAGGAAGAAACGCCGCCGCAAACGCAUGCGUUCUGAUACUCACCCGAGAGAAGAGGCCUACUCGUCAUCAUCAGAUGAGAGAGAAAGAGAGAAGGAGUGGGAGAAAGAAAGCAAUCAGGCUGUACAGGAGAGUCUUGCUAAAGGGGAGCAUGUUCUACCAUUACAAGUCAGUAAAUCAGUGUACUACUCGAUGUCUGAAGAGCCUAAUGAGGAGGUGGGGGCCACACAGACCAGAGACACUCAUCCACACUCCGAUGGAGAGCAGUCACCCUCAGAGAGCACUGUGUUCUACAGUCGACCACCCUCUCCAAAGAGUGACUCUGAGCUUUUGGUUAAACCCCAAGAGUCCUCUGGGCCUCAGAUGCAGUGGAACUGGGGAGGUUUUCCCAUGCUGUGUCAAUCAGAGAGGACACCAGUGGAGUUGCAGCACAUCUCCCUUUCCAGCAGUUGUCAUUUCCGCACCAUUGAGAAACAAGACUCGUUUGACAUGGGCUAUGAGCCUGUUAUCAGCUGUGGUAGAGUGGGCAGUGUAACAGUGGUCAGGCCACAACCCAGGACUCUCCUGGACCUAGGCAGCCAUGCUAUGCAAACCAUACCUUUAUUCAAGGAGAAAAAUGGUGAAAUUGCCCAUUCCACCCAAAGAGACCUCUCCAAGUCUUGUGCCCCAUCAGUGAAGACUAACGUGGACUUGACACAGGCACUUGAAUCCACAUUGGAGGAAGAGGAGAACAGAGACUUGUCGUCUUUUUCAGCUAAUCUAAUUAAUGGCACCAAUUCUCUUGCUGGCAAAGAAAGCACAGUCAGUGUUGAGCUUAUUAGCACUGUAACUGAUCGAAUUAGCUCUGUAACAAAAAAUAACGUGGUCAGUGUGACCAAACCAAAGAAUGCACAAAAACAACUCACAAAGGAGAGCGAAGACUGCAAAGUCACAGCAACAAGUCCAAGUAGUACAGACUUAUUAAAUCCACAACAACAGGAUGCCUUAUUGGAGCACAGUGAACAGGGUUACACCAGUAGUGUCCCUGUCAGCGAGGGGGACAGUGGGAUGGAUCCAUUUGCUGAGGGAGGGGAGGAGGAAGGUGGACCUGGAGAGACUGCAGCAGGAGGCUCACUGACCAACAAAGGUGCACCAAAAGCUGAAGGGAGAGACGCUGGGACCAGCUGCACAGCUGCAGAGGGGUCAGCAAACUCUUCUGAGUCACCCUCCAGAGUGGAGCAACAGGACAAGAAUAAAGGUAAACGUAAUCAUCAUCUAGGACCAACAGAUAUUUACUUGGAUGAUCUCACCACAUUGAACCCUGAGGUGGCUGCACUCUACUUCCCCAAGAGUGAGACAGAGGGAGCGUCUCAGCACGUGGCGGAGCAGGGCACCUUCUCUGGGAGCCAGUCGCCUCAGUCAGUGGGCAGCGGGGCCAUGGACAGCGGUACAGAGUACCUGUCAGAUUCCACCUCCUACAACAUGGAUGUCAGCAUGUCCCUCUGCGGUCAAGUGGGAGACACCACCCAAAUCACUAAAGAAAGGUUUAUGGAGCACAUUGUGACAUACCAGGAUUUUGCCAAUAAUCCAGGAAUCAUUGAGGACCCAAGCCUUGUGAUCUCCAUCAACUCUAACUAUUACAACUGGGCAGUGGCUGCUCCAAUGGUCUUGUCAAUGACAACUUUCCAGAAAAACCUACCAAAGGGUACGAUAGAGCAGUUGGUGAAGGACAAGAUGCCCAAAAAGUCUGGACGCUGGUGGUUGUCCUGGAGGAGAAGAGACAUGGCCAAUAACCAGCAAAAGGACGAGCAAGAGGAACCACUACCAAGUGUCUCUUCCACAGUAAAAGCCACACUGGAUGACAUCGAGAGUGAUGAGGCAGCGGGCCUCGGCCGAAAAGCCACCAUUGCUCCCAGCCUGUCAACUGAAACCCUUAGCGCCACUCAGUGUAUCAGCCAGAUGUAUCACAAAUCACUACGUCUGACCUCUAAGCAGAUAGAACACUUAAACUUGCGUGAAGGAGCCAACAAGGUGGUGUUCAGUGUGACCACACAGUACCAAGGCACCUGUCGCUGUGAAGCUGCCAUCUACCUGUGGACCUGGGACGAUCGCGUCAUCAUAUCAGACAUAGACGGCACUAUCACUAAGUCUGAUGCUCUGGGUCACAUUCUACCUCAGUUUGGAAAAGACUGGACACACAAAGGCAUUGCCAAACUCUACCACAAAAUACACCAAAACGGUUAUAAGUUCCUGUAUUGUUCAGCGCGGGCCAUAGGCAUGGCUGCCAUCACUAAGGACUAUCUUCAGUGGGUCAAUGACAAAGGCACUGUCCUCCCUAAAGGCCCUGUACUGUUGGCUCCCAGCAGCCUCUUUUCAGCACUACACAGGGAGGUUAUUGAGAAGAAGCCGGAGGUUUUUAAAAUUGCCUGUCUCAGUGACAUCAGGGACCUGUUCAACCCACAGAGACAGCCCUUCUACGCAGCCUUCGGCAACAGGACUAACGAUGCUUAUGCCUAUAAGCAGGUUGGGGUGCCUGAUAGCAGGUUAUUUACUGUCAACCCAAAAGGAGAGCUCACUCAGGAGAAGACUAAAGGCAACAAGUCCUCGUACAGCCACCUCAGUGAGCUGGUGGAACAUUUUUUCCCCACGCUCUCUGUCAAGGGCAGUGCAACCUCUGCUUUGGACUGUCCCGAGUACAGCAGUUUCUCCUAUUGGAAGGAGCCUCUGCCAGAACUGGACCUGGAUGCACUACUGUAGACAAACAUACCCACAUCUACCAAAAUACAUACACACACAUAUUUUAAGGCAAGCACAUAUACUCUUGUGUGUGUUCUGUCCUUUUCCAGAGGAUAUACAAAGAACUUUUCUCAGCAUGCCUCAAUUUUGCCUUUGAUAGACCUGCCAACUGUAGUGCCUGGGACACUAGAGAAAGAGGCAACUGUUCUGACUUACAAUUUAUAGAGCCAAAUUAAGUCAUAAUAUGCAUGGCCUCCACAUUUAAAAAAUAAGUGUAUAAAACAUUCUGCAGCACUUAAUUACAGUGCUUUUACACUGAUUGUGGCUGUUUUAUGCAAUAUUUAGCUGUUUAGCUGUUUUUGUGAAAAUUCUACAAUGAACACAACUGGAUAUUUUAUGCCUUUGGACCGUUUCAGGUGUUUUUGCUACUGUGUGUACCAGCAUCAUAGUCAUUCCUCAAUAGGGAUUUAAACAGUGUAUUGGUAAGAUAACUGUUAAUACUGUCACAAGAUACAGCUCUGAACACCUACCAAAAAAACAUUUGUUUAGAAAUUGAGCUGUAUUGGAUAAGUAUUAAGUGAUGCCUAAAUUGUGUAAUUACUGUUUUCUGUGACUGAUCUGGAAGUUUUCACUUGAAGCUCAUACUCAACGCUCAAAUGGACCCAGGCACACACAUCUACAAAACAAAGCUGUUAUCCUUUAUUCAGUUGAGAUCAGAUCAAUUGUGUGUCUUCAGACUUCAGUGUUGCAGGGAGGGCUUUUGUAGCUACCAAGCAACCAAAUAUAGUGUGAGAAUGUAUUUUAGAUGCUUUGGAUUAUUUUAAAGUCUGUGUGACCCUAGUAAGUAUGACAUAAGUGGGGUCCUUUGCCCUGAGCGAUGUUGAGCAUUAUUUAGUUAUCAGUGGUCAUUUCUGGCAAGCACAAGUGUGUUCUGAUCACAUUUGACUCAGCUGAGUUGUAAGCUGGAAGCUAGUUGAUCUGAGCAUAUUAUCAUUGUGAAACUAUAACAUGAACAUUUCACAUGUCUUCAUUUCAGGUACUGCACAACUAAGUUUAGAAAUGUUUGAACACUACAUAAAUGCGGAGGGAGAUCAGACUGACAAUGACCUUUAUUCCAAAGAUGUAUAAACAGACCAUUGGAGAAGAAUGUGCAGUAGUGAUGUGGGCUGGCGCUGUGCCUUUAUACUAUAAUGACUGAUAUUUAUUAUUUUUGUGUAUCUUUCAUCAUCCAACUGUGCGGAGAUGCAUUGGGCCUGAGGAAUUUGCUGUUUUUAAACCAAGUAUAUAGAAAUAAAUGAACUGCCUGUUUUCUUUGUCCU